UUUUGUUUUUUUGUUUUUUUUUUUUUUUCUGAUCCUAAAAAAGGCAGUGAAUUACCAAAGCCUCUGUUUCUCUUACCCAUACACAACACAAAAAACUGCCAUUUUCGUAUCUCUCAUUUCUCAUAUUCUUCGACGUCUUUUAUUUUUUCUGUUAUUUUUCCUUGGCCUGAAAAAAAAAAAAAAAAUUCAUUCACACAAUUCAGAUCCUAUUUUUUCUUUUGUCUAAAUCGCAGAAUUGUGAGAUCCGUUUGGCUUCCGCUUUGCUCCAAUGAGUCGCUACGACAAUAAUCCUUUCGAAGAUGACGAGGUCAAUCCUUUCGCUGACCAACAGAGCAAAGGGAGAGGAUCAGGGCAAUCAAAUUAUAGUGGGGGCGCAUUUUAUAUGCCUAAUCCUGGAAGUGUUCCCCCUGCAAACUCAAGGCUUUCACCCCUUCCUCCUGAACCUUAUGAUCGUGGUGCAACAAUUGAUAUUCCUCUUGAUAAUGCAAAGGAUUUGAAAACAAAAGAGAAAGAACUUAAAGCAAAAGAGGCUGAGUUGAAAAAGAGGGAACAGGAACUAAAACGAAAGGAAGAUGCUAUACAACGAGCUGGAAUUGUUAUAGAAGAGAAAAACUGGCCACCAUUUUUUCCACUUAUCCAUCAUGACAUUGGAAAUGAAAUACCUAUCCAUCUACAAAGAGUCCAGUACGUUGCAUUCACAACAUUUUUGGGAUUAAUUAUGUGUCUUACAUGGAAUAUUGUGGCAAUUACCACAGCCUGGAUCAAAGGAGAAGGUCCAACUAUUUGGUUUCUGGCUAUCAUCUACUUCAUUUCAGGGGUUCCAGGAGCUUAUGUGUUGUGGUAUCGCCCUCUUUAUCGUGCUACAAGGACUGAUAGUGCUCUGAGGUUUGGAUGGUUUUUCAUGUUUUACCUGGUGCACAUUGGCUUUUGUAUCUUUGCUGCAGUUGCUCCUCCAAUUAUUUUUAAGGGAAAAUCUCUUGCAGGUAUCUUACCUGCAAUAGACUUGUUGGGAGAUCAUGCUUUGGUGGGGAUAUUUUACUUCAUUGGAUUUGGAAUGUUCGCACUGGAAUCGCUGCUCAGCAUCUGGGUCAUUCAGGAAGUAUACAUGUAUUUCCGAGGCAGCGGCAAGGCUGCGGAUAUGAAGCGCCAGGCUGCAAGAUCGACCAUGAUGGCAGCACUAUAACCAUGGCAAGGGCAUGUUGUUUAUGAUGGAGAUGGUAGUUGUGAAUGCAUAGAGGCGUAUGCUAUUUUGCCAAGACAAGCCGAUUCCUUCAAUGCUCAUUGAAUCAAUUACACCUUUCACGGCUUGCUUUUAUAGUUAUCCUUGGGUGCUGUCCUUUCCUUUCAUGUUCAUCGAAAUGAGAAAAUCUUUCACAAAACCAAACGAUUAAGGAUUAAACAUAGUAACUUCUUACAGUUGUGCAGUCAGAGAGAGUAGGUGGCAUCUUUAAUUUGAACCUUGAAAAGUAAAAGUAUUUUUUCCUUCUAUUCAUUGAUAUAAAAAAAAAAUUCUGUUGUUUCUUCAUUUGUCCAUUAAAUGAUAGUUCAAAAUUUUAUA